AUGAAUGAUGUAGCUGGUAAGAUAAUUGUAUGGCCAACAGGAGUAGCGGCAUUAGAAAACAUCCAGAAAUUUAAUUCUCUAAGAGGAUUAAACUCAUUUCCCAAUGUAUUUGGCUGUAUUGAUGGGUGCCAUAUUAAUACUUUAUUUUCUUGGGAAAAACGAACUAAAAUGCCAAAGUUGGAUAGAAAUAUGUUUUGCAAUAGAAAACAAGUUCCAUCUGUUGUACUGCAAUUUGGUAUUCCAGGACUGUUAUAA